CUGGUGUCCUUCAUCCAAUCCAAACUCUCUCACACUAUACAAUCUUCUCUCGUUUCGUUCUGAUCCCUUUCCUUAAAACACUGACCCUCAACAUGACUCGUAAUUACAAUUUUGCCAUUUUGUUCUCUGUGAUUGCAGUGCUGCUUCUUCCCGCGCUAACUUCAGCGGCGCUGGUGGAGCAGCAGCCGCUGGUUCUCCAGUACCACAAUGGCCAGCUCCUCAAGGGACGCAUCACCGUUAAUCUCGUCUGGUACGGUUCCUUCACUCCAAUCCAACGCUCCAUAAUCGUCGAUUUCAUAAACUCGCUUAGCUCACCGAGUGCCAAGCUUCCCUCCGCCGCAUCGUGGUGGAAGACCACCGAGAACUACAAAGGUGGAUCCUCUGCGCUCGUCGUAGGGAAGCAGUUCCUACACUCUGCAUACACACUCGGGAAGAGUCUCAAGAAUAAGGAUCUAAUGGCCUUGGCUUCCAAGUUCAACGCUCAGAGUAACGAACUCUCCGCCAUCACGGUGGUUCUCACCGCCAAGGACGUUGCCGUCGAGGGAUUCUGUAUGAGGUGCGGAACUCACGGUUCGACCCGACCCGUAAACGGGAAGCCACGAACCGCUUACGUUUUCCACCAGCCGAUCUACGGUCCACAGACCCCGCCGCUAGUGGCGCCUAACGGCGACGUUGGCAUCGACGGGAUGAUCAUUAACCUUGCCACUUUGCUCGCCGGAACUGUGACAAACCCGUUUAACAACGGAUACUUCCAGGGUCCGGCGACGGCGCCGUUGGAGGCUGUGACGGCGUGCACGGGGGCGUUCGGGAGCGGGUCAUAUCCGGGUUACCCGGGUCAGGUGUUGGUGGACAAGGCGAGCGGUGCGAGCUUCAAUGCGUACGGGCUGAGCGGGAGGAGGUACCUGUUGCCGGCGAUGUGGGACCCUCAGACUUCAAAGUGCAGGACGCUCGUGUGAGGGGAGGUGCACCGAAGUUUGCUGUAUGGACUCGGGCUUACGUGGCACAAUCUGGUGUGCGCUAAUGGCUUUGUAGAUAUGGAAAUAUUAAGUUUGUAAGGAGAAGUGGGGGAUGGAAGUGUGUUGGCUUUUAGCUGCUUUUGUCGUUUAGUAUGACGUGUAAAUUCUGUUCCUAUAUACUAAAGCGGAUGAAUGAAUAUUAAAUAUUAAUGUUAUAAAUAUGGAAAACGAGGAAAUAAGUUUUAGACCUAGCAUAAAGAAGAAACGAGGCAUAUUAUUGCUGAUAUUACUCUCUUUCUAAAAUUGUAUAAUAAAUGAAAAAUAUGUUAGUACUGUUACAAGUUAUAACUUGUACUAAAUAAAUAAUAUUUUUCUGCUGUAUUAAA